GCUUAGAUCGCUCAGUCCCAGGGUGCAUACUGGGGGUCCCUGACCUCGACUCUGUGGGCGAGAUGCCCCUGGGACAUAUCAUGCGGCUGGAUCUGGAGAAAAUCGCCCUGGAGUACAUCGUGCCCUGCCUGCACGAGGUCGGAUUCUGCUACCUGGACAACUUCUUGGGCGAGGUAGUGGGUGACUGUGUCCUGGAUCGCGUCAAGCAGCUGCACUGCAACGGGGCUCUGCGGGACGGCCAAUUGGCCGGGCCGCGCACCGGCGUCUCCAAGCGGCACCUGCGGGGCGACCAGAUCACGUGGAUCGGGGGCAACGAGGAGGGCUGCGAGGCCAUCAGCUUCCUCCUGUCCCUCAUCGACAGGCUGGUCCUGUACUGCGGAAGUCGACUGGGCAAAUACUACGUCAAGGAGAGGUCCAAGGCAAUGGUGGCUUGCUACCCAGGAAAUGGGACCGGUUAUGUCCGCCAUGUAGACAACCCCAAUGGUGAUGGCCGCUGCAUUACCUGCAUCUACUAUCUGAACAAGAACUGGGAUGCCAAGGUGCAUGGUGGGGUCCUACGGAUAUUUCCAGAAGGAAAAUCUUUCAUAGCAGAUGUGGAGCCCAUUUUUGACAGACUCCUGUUCUUCUGGUCAGACCGCCGAAACCCACAUGAAGUUCAGCCUUCUUAUGCAACCAGAUAUGCUAUGACUGUUUGGUACUUUGACGCAGAAGAAAGAGCAGAAGCCAAAAAGAAAUUCAAGAAUUUAACAAGGAAAACUGAAUCUACCCUCACUGAAGACUGA